GCAAUGAAAAUGAAAAGCAUUUAUUUUGUUGCUGGGCUCCUUUUAAUGAUAGUUCAAGGCAGCUGGCAAAAUCCUCUUCAGGAUACAGAGGAGAAAUCAAGAUCACUCAAAGCUUCCCAGUCUGAACCCUUAGAUGAAUCUAGACAGCCAAAUGAAGUGAAACGUCACUCACAAGGCACAUUCACCAGUGAUUACAGCAAGUACUUGGACACUAGACGAGCUCAGGACUUUGUGCAAUGGUUAAUGAGCACUAAAAGAAAUGGGCAACAAGGACAGGAGGCCAAAGAAAAUGACAAACUCCCGGACCAACUGUCAAGCAAUGCAAUCUCCAAGCGUCAUGCUGAAUAUGAGAGACAUGCUGAAGGCACCUAUACCAGUGAUAUCACCUCUUAUUUGGAAGGUCAAGCUGCCAAAGAGUUCAUUGCUUGGUUAGUGAAUGGACGAGGAAGAAGAGAUUUCCCAGAAAAAGCUCUUGUGGCUGAAGAAAUGGGUCGAAGACAUGCAGACGGCACUUUCACAAGUGAUAUCAACAAAGUCCUUGACGACAUGGCUGCCAAAGAAUUCCUAAAAUGGCUGAUUAAUACAAAAGUUACCCAAAGGGACCUUUUGGGAGAAUACCAGUAAAAAUGCAGAAUAAAAACGGGAUAAAUGAAGAUCUUCAUUGCAUCAACUGCCAGUUAUUAAGAGAUUCUGAAAUCUGUAGUCUGUCAUUUGCAUUUGGUGUAACAAAACUAUGUCACCUUGCAUGCCAGGAAAUAAUUGUACUAUAGUUUAGUGUUGCCAAAGGUUUAUAUAUGGAAAACCUACUGUCUAAGGGAUGAGUAUCUUAACAACUUUAAAUGAAAGCUCCAUAUCUUUAUAUAUUCCAUUUAUUAGAACUGAAGUAACUCCAUUUAUAUUUAAUGAUAAAAUUAUUUUUCUAAAAAGUGGACUUCUACACACAAAGGAUUCAAUCAUAAACUGUAUGUGUUAUUUGUAAGGGGCUGGCAGUUACAAAUGCCUGAGAAGUGAAUAUCCCUCUUAAAACCUUUGUUAUAAAAAGGCUAAGCUUUAAGGAUAUUAAAUGAUAGCCUUAAAUAAAUUUUUUCAAGCUUC